GACUAGGUCUUGCUGAUCUACCAAGAGCAUACUGAUGCAUCAUCCAACUCAUCCCUGGCACUCUCAACCUUGGAAGUGAUAACAACCUUCCUCCAAUCGUCGCCCUAUUACGAAUUGUUUCCAACUCUACCAAUUUAAUCAGCCUAUUUCAAAUCGAAAACAUCACAAACUCCGUCAAUCAAUUCGCGAUACAACAUCGCAAAUUCGAAUCCAGAUUAACGCCUUUCCACACCGAAUUACUACCUGUUUCCUAGCUCCAAACCUGCUAUUCCGAUAUCAUCAUCCUGCACGUUGGCUAUCUCGACUUGCGACAGGCUCGUCGUCCUGCUCCAUAGGGCUGCCCAGUUUUGUUUUAGGUGAUAGAAUGACGACGAUGAGGUCCCAUACAUGAGCCUUCUCCUUCGAUUGGAAGGAGUCUCACCAUGCCACCGGAAGGAGUACUGAGCAAUAUUCGAGUCUUCAUAACAUGGGAUGACCAGACUGUCUUUGCUGGCGAGGAUAUCAAGUGUCACAUCACUUUCAAAAAUAUUGCGCCUGGUCCAAACCAGACGAGAUCUUCUAGCCAGCAACCGCCGACUAUUCCCGAACGAUCGAGACAGCCGUCACCCCUACUUAGUCCGAGGACAAAACCGAACAAUGGGUUGACACCCCCGGCACCCACGCGAGGACAUCGCUCUACCUUAUCUCUGACAGUUCCCUCGAGUAGCUCACGAUUAAGGGGGCCUCCCCAACAAUGGACCCCGACACAAUCAUCGCCGCAACGGCCUGGCCAUGCUCACAAAAGAUCACUUUCUAUAGUGUCUAUAGGAUCGGCAGCAACAAUCGAAGAACAGUCGCAUGGAAAAUCAUCUCCCGCACGACCUCCACGUCCUCCACGUGGCCAUGGAAGGUCUGCGAGUUUACAGAUAUCACCAAGAGGUGGACUCAUAAAUGGCCCACAAUCAGCGGCCUUGCCAAGUAGACGACCCUUUGGUUCGGAAUCCUCACCCUUGUAUAACUCCUUUCCCCCAACUAAGCAUGGGUUUGGUCGCGCAUCGGGUGCCUCGACCGUGCCGAACACACCCGGCUUCAAUGGCUCACAUCCACCUAAAAGAAGCCCCGGGGCGAUGCCGGAUUUUAAAUUCCCCAUGACGCCGUCGCCACAAUCAACAGAAGGUGUCUCACCGACAGCCCAGCCGGUAGAUUAUUUGUCAGCGCCUGGGUCUGGAACGGGUGGGGUUGUAAGUCUCCCAGUGCGUUCAAAGGACCCAAUUCCUACCAUUACCGAACAAUCUGUCCCCGCUGCAGCACGGAUAUUGUCUGCGGCGAGUAUUGCCGGUGGAACUCCUAGGAGUAGUGGCGAGUUUUAUUCAUUGAGCAAUAAUUCAUCCGAGACAUUAGCAUCAGAGUAUGUGACGCAACCAUUACACGGCGGGCGUAGGCCAGCCCACUUACGACGAGGCUCUGGCAUGUUAAGCAUAAGCCAGGCGCGACUGCCAGAGUCGUUAAUGAUGGGUUAUGCACAGGUGCAAGGUUCCUUCACUCUUGAUGGGUCCCUUAUCAACUUGGGCCCCUUCGAGGCGGUUAAGCGGAAAGCUGUGUUAGGUGGGCAAGGAGGCGGCGUUAUUGGCGUUGAAAGCUCAAAAAGGGCUAGUGGGCUCUUGACCGGCUUUGGCUGGGGAAGUCUCGGGAAUUCCAUCGGAGAGCUCCUUGGUGGCGGCGAACUCAGUAGCAUCAAGCAGAUGCGAGGUGUUGCCAGCUCCAAAUCCAUCCCUCUACUAUCAACACCGCAAUCGAUAUUAUUCGUGGACUUGCAACUCGCUCCUGGCGAGAGUAGAACUUAUGAAUAUUCGUUCAAAUUACCAAAAGGCCUGCCUCCAACACACCGAGGCAAGGCUAUGAAGAUUUCGUAUAGCUUGGUCAUUGGCACCCAAAGGCCGGGUGGUACUAAGGAGCAGCAAGUGCGCUCAGUCGAGAUUCCAUUUCGCGUUUUAGGGAGUGUUAAUAGCCAUGGCGAGAUUCUUGGCCAUGACCUACUUUCUCCCUACAUCAUUCUUCGCGACCUUGCGAAGGUAAAGGCUCUUGAUAAAUCUGCUAUUUAUACCCCUUCGAAGAGGCAUAAACCCGACCACCCCGGUUCCACGUACAACGGAUUCCUUGGUUAUGUCGAGGAGCUUCUUGACCGACCCCAUCGAGGUCUCGGACUUCUAUCCCCAACAGCCACGGCUCCCCAAUCCCGCCGCACAUCUGCUUUCGAGGAGUCGGCCUCCGCGAAAGACGCCAUAGACCUUGCCAUUAUCCGAUCAAAUUUGUCGUCUGAUUCCGGACAGAGCAGUAACCGCUUCGAAAUAGCUCGAAACGGCCGACGCGUUGGCGUCGUCAUGCUCGCGCGCCCCGCAUACAAGUUAGGAGAGUCGGUAAACAUGGCCAUCGACUUCACUGGUGCCGAGAUUCCGUGUUACGCCAUCCACGCAGCCCUAGAGACGGCGGAGCGUGUCGAGCCAACGCUAGCGCUAAGGAGUGAGGCCAGCGUACACAGAGUCACGCGCAAGGUCUACGGCAGCUCCAGCGAGGCCACACUGUUCGCCCGCCGCGUCGUCUUCAGUCCCACCAUACCCAUCAGCGCGACCCCUGAGUUUGUCACCAGCGGCCUGAGCCUUGAAUGGAAGAUUAGGAUCGAGUUCGUCGUCCCGUCGUCUGCCACAGAAGGCCCCGACCUUGCCGACUCGGAUACCGGGACCCAGCCUCAUCCGUUGUUAGAGGAGAUUUCCCGCGAUGAGAGAGGCGGGCUCGUGCUUGUUGCGGCCGAGAACCUGGACUGCGAGAGCUUCGAGGUCGCUGUCCCACUGAGGGUGUAUGGCGCGGUAUGUAAUGGACUCGAGCGUCUUGAGAGAGACGAGGCGCAGCAGGAGGGGCUUGUAGUAUAAAUAUCCCCUUAUGUAGGAUAUGAAAGUGGAGAGGGGGUCAGCGGCGCGAUUUGGUAUAAGAUAUCUUCAGGUCUAUACGGGCUAGAAAAAAAAGAGGCAAACGAGCAAACCAAACUAACGAACAAGCGGUCGGAGUAAGAAAAAAUUAUGGGAUUGGCGAGGCGGCUCCAAAAACAACAACAUCAAACGAGACAAAUGUCACCCAGUUGGAAUACCUUCAAAUAUCUAUAGAUGGAUGUAUUCUUGUAACCUAGUUUUGGAGAU